UUGACGUGUUGUGAUAGACUUCAGGGCGCAGACGUGUAACGAAGGCACGCGCGCACGCGUGUGCGCAUCUCAACGUUUUUUUUACUUUUUAUAUUUUUUAGCAUCCCAUUUUCCAGUUUUUGACCUCUACUCUGAAGAAGAUGAGCGUGCCAUCAUUUGGUGACCUUGGUAAAAAGGCAAGAGAUGUAUUACGAACGGGUUAUACCUACGAUCGAGCUAAGGUCAAGUUCUCCAAGCCUUUUUUCGACAUCGGCUUCGAGUGCGACACCUACGUCGACCUUAAGAGCUUUAAGUUAGGUAUUUCUGGUUUAACAAACUAUAACAUCGAAAAGUAUGGCAAAUUCAAUGUUAAGCUUUCGACCGAUGGACCAGUCGUCAUAGAAUACAAUUGCAAUGGUAUAAUAAAUGAAAAUGUUGAUAUCGUUGCGGGAUAUUCAAUUAAUUUGAUGGAUUCCUUUCAAUCCUGCAAACUUGCAUCAAAAUUUCAUAAUUCUCUUCUAAAUACGACAUUUUCGUUAACAAAGGAUUUCGAUAGGAACGUCGAUUUGCUUGGUUCACUGGUUCUUAAGUCGAAUAACUACUUAAUCGGAUAUCAAAGUGGUUUCGAUACCAAUACGUCACAAAUAACUAAAAACAAUGCGGCUUUCGCUAUAAACCAAAACAAUUUGAUCUUACACUUACGGUGCAUUCAGAUUCCUAAAGAGUUUGGUCUGUCCGCCUUCUACACAGUAAAUGACAAACUGAAUAUUGCGAUGGACACAAAGAUGGCGAGUAAUGAAGAAAGAAGCUUGUGGUAUCUUACAGCCGGCUUUUCCUACAAGCUAGUCGAUGAUUGUAAGCUGCAAAUGAAGAUUGACAAGAAUCUGCAAUUGGGCUCAAAUAUGUUGUUUCAUUUAAAAGACAAUUUACUGCUCACGAUUGCUUGUAAUCUUGACCUUGGCAAUCCAAAGUCUGGCCAGCAUAGAAUUGGUCUCGGCCUCAAUAUCGGUCCUUAAAUCCCCGUUUACUUUUUUAUAUAUUCUACGUCUUUUGAAUAAGAGUUUUUUUCGUGAAUUGUAAAACUUUAUGGGUGAGCUUUUAUGCGUAUUUACCCAUCGUUUCUCGCACAUCUCAAUUAUGUAUAUAUACAAUGGAUAUAAAAUGGCAAGUAAAACAAGGGGCUUUUGGUUUUCUUAGAAGAGUGUGGCUGACUUAUGAUUGGUGGAUACUACUAAUAUAUAGCAGCACAAGAGUAAUGCUCUAACCUUAACACUGGAUGAUUGUUAAUAGGUACCGCUGGCAUACUGCUGGUCCUGCCACGCUGCCUUGGCUGAAGCGGCAACCUCGAGGUCGACGCACUGGCGGC